AUGUCUGCCACUAUGCUGAGCCCAAGAUCCACCCUUUUAGAAGAAACUGAAGGUGAUAGUUACUUCAAUUCCAAGUCAUCCUAUUACAAGAGGGGCAACUUGUUGGCUACUUCAUCAUUUCGACAAAAGUACAAGAACGGCUUCCGGAGAUCUAGAUCAUCUUCUUAUACAUCUCUCGAUGAUGAGAAAGAGCAGCAAAAUAACAGCCUUCUGGAACAAACGCCCUCGGUUUCACCUCCAGUAACAACAACCUCAUUCUUUUCAAGAAAGAGGCUGGCUCAAAGAUCCAACACUGCUCCCAUAGCCGCAAUCAAUGCUGGUCCCGAUACACAAGACGGUGAUUACUUUAAUCACGAAGAUAAUUACGUUGAUGCUCCCUAUGCUGAUGAUGACGAAGACAGUGAUGAAAAUACCUUCUUUGCUAAACAAAACUACUACUCUAGACAAAACUUGUCAAAGCCGACAACAUCUUGGAAAUCAAGUGUAUUAAAAGCUGUCGGCGUCAAAAGCAGAUAA